AUGGCGACUCCUCGCCCGCUGGCUGUCCUGGAUGAGGCUGUCCUCAAUGCAGAGAUAGGCCGUCUGAACAACCAGAGCCUCCACUGGGGCCCCUACCGGCCCAAUCUCUACUUUGGUGUACGCCAACGCGCACCUAACUCCUUAUUGACUGGCCUCAUGUGGUCCAAUGUCGAUAAUUAUCAGGUUGCACGCGACAACUUCAGGUACACAUGUGAGCAACACCAGGGAAUGGCUGGCUAUGGCUGGGACGAGUAUGACAUACGGAAGGGAGGCGUGCAGACCAUCCAUGAUUCUGGCAACGGCAUCGACAUCACCACUUCUUUCAUCAAGGUCCCUGGAGGUGCCAAUGGCGGCAGCUGGGCAGCCAGGAUCAAGGGCGUCCCUCGACCUGGCGUCCCCGAUGAUGCCAGGACCCAAGUCGUCCUCUUCCUCGGGCAGGAGGGUUUCGGCAGCACCAUUGAGCCUCAGGCGGACGGCGAUGAUAACGGUUUCCCUAGUGAUGUGACCUUCAGCGGAAGCUCAGACUCCCUUGGGAACUUCAAGGUUGUCGUCACGAAGGGUACGGGCGAGCACCCUCCGGCCGGAACGGACUUUGAUGAGGACCAGGAUCUGGAGAAGACCGUUGUUCAGUCCCUCAACGUGCCCCCAGAGCUUCUCUGGCAGGCAAAGGCCAUCGCCAUGCGCCAGAUUAGCGAACGCAUGAACGCGAUGAUGCCUCGCAUCAACCAGGAGGCCCCGCCCCCGGCUUGGCAGAUGUACGGGCUGUCCAACAAACCUGGUCUCGGCAACACGCACAUCGUCCAGAAAAUCUUUGAGGGCCCCUUCGAGUUCGAUAUCCUCUUCUCUAGCGCCUCAGCCGGCAAGGAAUUGACCAGCGACGACCUGACCCGGGAAAUCAAGGAGACAACUGAGUCCUUCGGGGAGCGGUUCACCAGUGUAUUCGCACCUCAGGCUCCCUUCACGACGGACCGGUACAAGACCUUCGGCCGCAGCAUGUUGUCCAACCUGAUUGGUGGUAUUGGCUACUUCUACGGUCAGCACCUGGUCGACCGGUCCUACGCUGCUGAGUACGAGGAGGAUGACGAAGGCUUCUGGGAGGCUGCUGCAGAUGCGAGGAACCGCAAAGAGCAGAAGCUAGAAGGCCCGUAUGAGCUGUUCUCAAGCAUCCCCUCUCGGCCCUUCUUCCCAAGAGGCUUCCUUUGGGACGAGGGCUUCCACCUCCUCCCCAUCGCUGAUUGGGACAUGGAUCUGACUCUUGAGAUUCUCAAGAGCUGGUUCAACCUCAUGGACGAGGACGGCUGGAUCCCCCGCGAGAUGAUCUUGGGUGAGGAGGCAAGGAGCAAGGUCCCCGAAGAGUUCCAAGUCCAGUAUCCACACUACGCCAACCCGCCGACGCUCUUCUUCGUCAUCGACACCUACAUCGCCAAGUUACAGAAGAUCGCCAACGGCAGCGCCACCUCUCAGAAAGAGAAGCUUUCGCAAGGCGAAAGCCUCGGCACUGCCUAUCUCGACAACUCGGAGCUCGGCCUGGACUAUCUCCGCCGUCUCUACCCGCUGAUGCGCAGACAAUUCGAGUGGUUCAAGAAGACCCAGUACGGCGACAUCAAAUCCUACGACCGCGAGGCUUACUCUUCUAAGGAGGCCUACCGCUGGCGAGGAAGGACGCCGCGACACGUCCUCACCAGCGGAAUGGACGACUACCCACGCCCGCAGCCUCCUCACCCCGCAGAGCUGCACGUCGAUCUCAUGGCUUGGGUCGGCAUGAUGACCAAGUCGCUCAUCAACGUGGCCCAGACGAUCGGCAUUGCUGAGGACGUCGAGGAAUUUAAGAAGAUCCUCGACGCGAUCGAGCACAACCUGGACGACCUCCACUGGUCCGAGGCGGAGGGCUGCUACUGCGACGCCACCAUCGACGAUUACGAGGAGAACCAGCUGGUGUGCUACAAGGGCUACGUCUCGCUCAUGCCCUUCCUCACCGGCCUGUUGAAGCCGGACAGCCCCAAGCUGGGCAAGAUCCUAGACCUGAUUGGCGACGACGAGGAGCUGUGGAGCCCUCAUGGCAUCCGCAGCCUGAGCAAGAAGUCCGAGUUUUACGGCACCGAUGAGAACUACUGGCGCAGCCCUGUGUGGAUCAACAUAAACUACAUGGCUGUGACGCAGCUCUACAACGUCGCCACACAGCCCGGCCCCCACCAGGCCAAGGCCAAGGACCUCUACUCCCGCCUGCGCAGGAACCUCGUCGAGACCAUCUACAAGUCCUGGGAGGAGACCGGCUUCGCCUGGGAGCAGUACAACCCAGAGACAGGCGCUGGUCAGCGCACGCAGCAUUUUACCGGCUGGACCAGCCUGGUUGUCAAGAUCAUGGCUAUGCCAGACCUGGGCGGCUCUGGCGGCCAUGUCAGGGAUGAGCUGUGA